AUGAGCUCCAAUGGUACCCAAGCACCGCCUGCCCCAGCUACAAUGUCGGGCAAUGAUGGCGCGACCCUUAGUGGUCAAUCUCUAGCUCAAAUACAGCAUAUUGGCGACUUGUCCAACAAGAUUGCACUGAUCACAGGCGCUUCCUCGGGCUUGGGACGUGCUAUGUCACAAGCUUUUGCAGCAGCUGGUGCCUUCAUAGUGAACGCGGACCUCACACCGAAUCCCCCCAAAGCGCCUCUGCUCGAGAAGACCAUGGCAGGCAGAGGUAUCAACUUCGAUAUGCCAACCGUUGACCUAGUCAACAGUCAAUUUCCAAGCCAGGACGGCAGACCACGAAUGGCAUAUGUACAAUGUGACGUUACUAAAACUGCUAGUGUCGAGGCUGCUGUAGCUUUCGCAGUGCAGACUUACGGUAGACUCGAUAUUAUGAUCAACAAUGCUGGUGUGACUGCUCAACCGCCAGGCGGACGCAAUCUGCGAACUCAUGAGAUGUCGGAGAAAGUCUACGAUAUUGGCAUGGACGUGAAUGUUCGUGGUGUUUGGCUAGGCAUCAAACAUGCCACAGCACAGAUGCUAAAGCAGGAAGCACAUACUAGUGGCGACCGUGGUUGGAUCAUCAACCUCUGUUCCAUCAUGGGCGUAGUUGGGCUACCUGGCGCAGCAAUAUAUUGUGCCACAAAAGGUGCUGUAUUACAAUUGACCCGAACUUGCGCAAUGGAAUAUGCCGAGGAUCGAAUUCAUAUCAAUUGUAUCAAUCCCGGAUUUGCAGAAACCAGUCUGCUCGAGGAUGCAAGGACUGAACUUGGUGAAGGAUUCAGUCCUUUUCUCAAUUCCUUGCAUCCAUGGGGAAGGCUCGCGAUGCCAGAGGAUAUUGCCAAGAUGGCCGUGUUUCUUUCCGGUCCAGGAGCAUCUUUCAUCACAGGCCAGCCAUUUUUUGUUGACGGCGGGUACACUGCCAGAUGA